AUGUUUGGAAAAUCAGACAAAAUGGACGUUAGGUGCCAAACGGACGCCGAGGCUCCUCGGAUCCCCAAGAACGGACACAAGGAAGGCAAGGAAAGCAAAGGGUCGGAAGGGAGCCUCUCGGCGGCUUUCCUCAAGGACCCGCCGGCUCCUUUCCCGGCCUCGGCCGCCGCCGAAGACUGUAGCAAAAGUCGAGCGAGUCCCGCCGACCCGGACUACUGCAGGAGGAUCCUGGUUCGAGAUGCCAAAGGCUCCAUCCGAGAAAUCAUCCUCCCCAAGGGGCUGGACCUGGACCGGCCCAAGCGGACCCGCACGUCGUUCACGGCGGAGCAGCUGUACCGGCUGGAGAUGGAGUUCCAGCGCUGUCAGUACGUGGUGGGCAGGGAGCGCACCGAGCUGGCCCGCCAGCUGAACCUCUCCGAAACCCAGGUGAAGGUCUGGUUCCAGAACCGUCGCACCAAGCAGAAGAAGGACCAGGGCAAGGAUUCGGAGCUGCGGUCGGUGGUGUCGGAGACGGCGGCCACGUGCAGCGUGCUGAGGCUCCUGGAGCAGGGGCGCCUGCUGUCCCCGCCCGGCCUGCCCGGGCUCCUGCCCCCCUGUGCCGCGGGGGCCCUGGGCUCGGCCCUGCGCGGGACCCCCGGCCUGGGCCCCCUGGGCGGCAGCCCCGGGACCCCCGGCUCCAGCGCGGGGGGCGGGUCCCCGCAUCCCCCGGCGGGGGGCGGCGCGGCGGGGCCCCCGCAGGCCUCGGGACUCCAGGCCGCCCCGCCCGCCGGGCCCGGCCUCUUCGCCCUGCCCGUGCCCUCGCUCCUCGGCUCCGUGGCCGGCCGCCUGUCCUCCGGCCCCUUGGCCGUGGCCGGCUCCCUGGCGGGGAAUCUGCAGGAACUGUCCGCCAGGUACCUCAGCUCCUCCGCCUUCGAGCCUUACUCCAGGACCAACCCUAAAGAAGGGGCGGAGAAAAAAGCGCUGGACUGA